AGAGUCCUUCUUUUUGCAGUGUUCUGAGUUUUAUGGUUCCGACCACUUCGAUUUGCAUCUUUACAACGUACCAGCAUGGCACCUAAAAUGAGAACCCGUGGAACCACAAGAACACUACAAUCCAGCAACGAUGAAGAGACAAAAACUAAUGCCCACAGUGAGGACUCCCCAUUGGAGGUUGGUCAGGCAGUCAGGGGGAAGAGGAAAGCUUCAGGUUCAGGAAAGACUGGAAAACAGGAGAGUUCAAAGGCAAAAAAAUCACCUGAACGACCACAGUAUUGUCACUGGCUGAUGAAGUCAGAGCCAGAGAGCCGCUUGGAAAAUGGCAUAGAUGUCAAGUUUGGGAUCGAGGAUUUGAAGACUCUUCCCAACCAAACUGGGUGUUGGGAUGGUGUUCGGAACUACCAAGCCCGUAACUUCAUGCGAGACAUGAAAGAGGGGCAGCAUGCAUUCUUCUACCACAGCAACUGCAAGGAGCCUGGAAUAGCUGGAGUUAUGAAGAUUGUAAAGGAGUCCUAUGUGGACCACACUCAGUUUGACAAGAAAGAUGUCCAUUACGACGCCUCCAGCAAGGCAGACAACCCCAAAUGGAGUAUGGUUGAUGUCCAGUUUGAGAGGAUGUUAAAGCGCUUCAUUCCUCUGUCUGAGUUGAAGAAGAUCCACCUGCAGCACAAGACCAAAGGCGGGUCCCUGAAUGGCAUGUCUCUCUUCACCAGGGCCAGGCUGUCUGUCCAGCCCCUCACCAGUGAGGAAUUUGAAUUUGUCCUGAGUUUAGAGGACAAUGACCCACUGUGAAGAUUUUGACAAGAUGACCUGGGGAGAAGUUUUCCUGUCUUGUUUAUGAUGAUGAUGAUGAUGCUGUUGCUAAUAUGUUGACUGUAGGUGAGGUCUAUUGAACCAUUAUGCUUGUAUUAAAUGGAAAUUGUCUCAAGGUUUCUGUGUUUGUCAAGAGACAGYCUGGAGUUUAUUUCUAAUAUUAAAGAGGUUUAUACUAUUAUGACA